AUUGUGAAAGGUCCGCCGCCUGCUGCUGCAGCGCAGCCACUAUCUCGCGCUGGGACCAAUCUCCCCUGCCAGGCUCGCGUGCUGGGGCCGGGCAGUCCAGCCCCCCCCCACCCCCCUCCUCCAGCGCGCGCGCGCGGUUAUCUCUCUGCGCCGCUCGGCCCUGAGCGUGUCUAGGGAAAGGUUUCCGGCGGAUCAGCAGGCGGCGGCCGCCCAGCCAGACGUCCCAACCUUUCUGAAUAUUUCAUUGGCGCUGCCCGCCGGGGCUGCACGGCCACUGACGGCUGCACAGAAGAGCGAGCUCCCGCAGAGCCGCUUCCUGCCCCUUGCGAGCCUCUCAGGGCGGGCUUUGAGUCCUUGUUGCAAACGAGGGAUUGGUUUUGGAAAUGAAACCCCUCUGCUGGAGCUGACCCGCUGGAGAGCCUGCCCAGAUGCAAUGAAACCCACAACAAAACCCCAAACAAACCUCACAUCUCUCUGAACUCUUUAGUGGCCAGAGGAUGAGCCAGGAGCAGCUUUCCUAUAAAAAUCCCCGCCGGGGGCUGUGAAACAGUUUGAGGAGGGAAGGGCUGGAUAUGUUGCUGGAGAAGAGUUGCAGAAGGGAAGGUCCCUUUUUGGGGGCGCCGCAGCCCUUAAUGCACGAGAAAAAUCAACCAACCAAGAGACUUAUUAUUGCCGUGUUUCAGCUGUGAGCAGGCUUUCCCGCACCCGCCAGGAGCCUGCUGAGACUGGCCCCGGAGAGUCAUAGCUGAGGGUCGACCCCCUCCUCCAGAAUCUCUCUGCAAAACGCCCCGCGCGCUCUCUUCCCCUGGAAGCCCCUGCAGGGGGCAGCGGAUGACGCGCUGUGCUGCCCUGGGCAGGCGUGGACUGAGAGGGGGGCCACAGCCCAAGGCGCGCGCGGCGGGGGGGGGGGGGAGCUCGUGGACCGAGCUGUGAAAUCGCCCACGCUUGUGCCAAGCUAGCGGCGGAGAGGCGCGCAGUGGAUGCCCGCGGAGGUGCCCCCCCCCCCUCCACCCAUCCAUCCAUCCCCGGGCUGGCCGCAGUAGCCGAGCUCUGCUGCGCUGCGCCGUCGCCGGCGCUCGCUGGGUGCUGGGGCCGGCCUUGUGGAGUCAUCGCUGAACGCCCAGCAGCGAGCCGCGAAGAACUCCGCGCAUAAAGUUUGUUUCCAGCCGCCACCUGCUUCGGCAGCCCCUCCGGCUCCCUCGGCCCUGGGGCGCCCUCCUGCUUGCCCGUUCCCAGGGCCGGGGAAAGCUCAAGCCCAGCUGCCUCUGCCGCCGAUGACCUCCCGCUGCCGCCCCGUGCUGCUCUGAGGACACAGGCGGCGGCGGCGGCGGCGGCAGAAGAGGAGCCGGGGAGCCCGUAUGGCCGCUCCCAGCGAGCCGGUGGCGAGCGCGGCCGCUCCUGUCGCUCCUGCGGGCCGGGGGCUGCUGUGAGCCCGGGGAGGGCGGGCGGACUGCGGCUGCCUCGGAGCUUCUCCUGCGGAGCACUGCGGGGCCGAGCAGGCGGCGGCGGGGGAUGUGGCCGGCGGGAGCGGCCGGCCGGCUGCCCUGUCCGCGGGACUCGGCGCUCCGGCGGGCGGCUUUCUCCGGGAACCUCUCGGCUCUGCCGUCUCACCUAGCGCCCAGCGGCAGGAGCGUCCGGGUCUUCAUCAGCGCCAACCCCGAAGAUACAGUAGCAGAAAGAAGUACCCUAAGAGAACAUGUUUGUCCCAAGCUGAGAGAAUUCUGCAGAGAAAACUAUGGGCUGGAAUUACAGGUCAUAGACUUAUACUGGGGAGUAGAAACAGAAGAGUGGGACAGUCCUGAGCUCCAGAAGACUCGUAUGAAGCUGUUAGAAGAUUGCUUGAAAACUUCUGCAGGUCCAUGUUUUGUUGGCCUGUUGGGAGAAAAAUAUGGGACCAUCCGAAUACCAGGAGAAGUUGAAUCAUCGGAAUUUGAAAUGAUCCUAGAUGCUGCUGUGGAGGCAAAGCUAGAGACAAGGAUUUUGGAAGAGUGGUACUGUAGAGAUGAAAAUGCGGUGCCACCAGCAUAUUACCUCAGACCAAAAUCUGAAAUGCUGAAGAACAAUCUUAAUACGAUGGAAUCAUCUUCAAAUUCUAUGAAUGAGAACAAAUGGAAGGACAUAUCAGAAGAGAUUAAGAAGAUUUUUAAGACUGCUGUGAAGUUGCUGCAUGAAAAAGGAAAAAUGAAACACAGCCAAGCAAAGAGAUAUCUUUCCUCUGCUGUUGAAGAUGAGCUUGAUUUUGCCUUGGGAAAACAAACAGCAGCUUUCCUGAAGAAGUGUGUCUGUUACAUUCGGAAAAUUGCCAACAUUGAACGUUUUGUUAAAAUUCCAGAGAUGGGAAAAUACAUGGAUGUAAUUCAUAUAGGUGGGAAAGUUCUGCGGGAUCCAGAAACCCAUGAGAAAUUGAUCAAACUCCGGGAUGAAUUUAUUCCUACUAUUGUUGCAGCAUCUAAUCUGAGAGUGUACACUUCUGUUACUCAUUGUGACAUGAAACUUGGUUAUUCACAAGAAGUGGAAAACCACUACAUUGAAGGACUUGGUAAACAGUUCUACGAAGACAUGAUUGAUAUAAUUCAGGCAACAGUACAACAGAAUUUUGACACUGAGACAGACUUGCUUUAUGAUGAAGUCCUUCAACACUCUUCAUUAUGUAAAACGUACUCCUCUUUCUAUGAGUACAGGUGUGAGGCGCUAAACAUAGUUCAUAGAUACACUCUGCACAGCAAAACAGGACAUAUUAACCCUCUUAUCAUAUAUGGAGGACCAUGCACUGGAAAAACCCUUUUAUUAGCUGAAGUGGCAAAGAAGGCUUAUACUUGGCUGCAGGAAGAGAUGGGACCAGAAUCUGACCCUGUGGUAGUUAUAAGAUUUUUGGGAUCCACAGAAAUGAGUACAGAUCUUAAGAAUCUGCUUCAAAGUAUUUGUGAACAAUUAGCAAUUAAUUAUCGUUGCCUAGUACAAAGUUAUCCUAAAAAGAUUCAUGAUCUUCGGGACUUGUUUAUAAAUCUGUUGAAUGAGUCUUCAUUUCACAGACCACUGGUUAUAAUAUUUGAUGCCCUAGAGCAGCUUUCAGAUAACGAUGAUGCUAGGAAACUAUGGUGGCUCCCCAUUCACCUUCCCCGUUCAGUACGGAUAAUCAUGUCAACACUGCCGAACAAACAUGGGAUCCUGCAAAAACUGAGGUGCCUUAUUCAUGAAGAGGACAACUACAUUGAGUUGAUUUCAAGAGACAGAAAGAUGUGCAGCCAAGUACUGAAACAUCAGCUGCUGCGUGUUAAAAGAAAAGUAACAUCAGGGCAACAAAUUUAUGUCAAUGAAGCUUUUUCAAAGUGCACACUGCCUAUGUUUGUAAACUUAACCUUCAGAGAGGUUAGGAACUGGAGAUCUCACAAAGAUGUUGAUGAGUCCUCCCUUUGUGUCACUGUUCAUGAAAGCAUCGAGCAGUUAUUUUGGUCAUUAGAAAACAAGUGUGGGCUAAAGCUAUUGUCGAGAGCACUGGGCUACAUCACAAUGUCCAAAUCUGGCCUGAGUGAAAUGGAAUUGGAAGAUAUUUUAGCUCUUGACAACAGUGUUAUGUAUGAGCUAAAUGAUAGUGUCAGGCAAUGUAACCCAUUGAGGGUACCUUACAUAUACAUUGCAAGGCUUAAGGAGGGCUUAAAGGGAUACUUGAUAGAGCGGCAAGUGAAAAAUGUAACACUUCUAGUGUGGGCAAAUAGGCACCUGCAGCUUAUUGCCCAGAAAUUGUAUCUCCACAGUGAGGAAGAUGUACAUGAAAUGCAUACAAUCAUGGCAGAGUACUUCCUCGGAGUUUGGUCAGGUGGAAGAAGGAAAUCUUUUUACAGCCAAGAUCAAUAUUUGAAUGGGUGCCUUGACAAUAACAGUAGAAGCAUGAAUGAUGAGGAGAAGCACUGUAUGGAUCUCACCUCUUUUGACAGGCAAGCACCUGAUCAGCCGUGGGUCUUUCAGUGUAAUCCAUUAGAGCCUGACAUCUUUUUUGUCAAUCACAGAAAAAUGACAGAACUUUUGUAUCACUUGACAAGAUGUGGAAGAUCAGACGAUCUGCUGUAUGGUGUCAUUAUGAACUUCAGCUGGCUGUACACAAUGAUUAAAAUAGGACAGUUUGACAAAGCACUUUCUGACAUAGAAUUGGCUUAUAACUAUUCACAAGAAAAGGAGCUGAAAUUUCUGGCAAGUACCCUUCGCAGUAUAAAGUUCAAAGUAACAAAAUAUCCAGGUUCACUCUCUGCUGAAUUGCAACAGAGGCUUCUUCCAGUUGUCAGCUCAUUGCCUAAAUUGAGACACCUUCUUUUAGAAUGUGACAAAGAUGGACCCAAAUACUGCUCUAUCGUUCCUUUGCACUCCUCCAUGGAUGUGACUUACAGCCCUGAGCGACUACCCUUGUCAUCCAGUUGCAUGCAGGUCACUGAGAUCCUGCCUACUUUUAAUCCAAAUACAAUCAUUGCUGCUCUGGAAAAUGGCUCCAUCAGUACUUGGGAUGCAGAGACUCGCCAGCUAUUAAGGCAAAUUACAACAGCUCAAUCUGUUAUCUUAGGGAUAAAACUUACAAAUGAUGAAAAAUAUCUUGUAGUGGCUACAACAAAGAACACACUUUUGAUUUACGAUAAUCAAAAUUCCUGUCUUUUGUCUGAAGUAGAAAUUAAGGGAUCAAAACAUUGUGGAAUUGGGGGAAGCUCAAAUUUUAUAAAUGGAUUUACACUGUCCAUUAAUCAUGCACUUGCUUGGCUGGAAGCCAGCAAAGAUGUUACUGUAAUAGAUCUACUUUAUGGGUGGCCUCUUUAUCACUUCCACUGCUGGUAUGAAGUGACUUGUGUACAGUGUUCUCCAGAUGGAAUCUAUGCAUUCUGUGGUCAGUACCUUAACACCACCACUAUAUUUCACUUAGGAAGUGGAGAGAAACUGUCCACCGUGACCUCUGAAUUUUCAGGUGGAUUUGUCAAAUUUCUUUUUGUUCUGGACACUGCUCAAGAAAUGGUGAUGGUGGACAAUGAGGGCGGCCUUUCAGUUUGGAACACUGAGGAAAUCACAAAUCCCCAACUGACAGAUGACUUCGACUGCAGGAAAGAAGACAGUGAAGUUGUCAGCAUUGAACUUUCUGAAGACCAAAGUGCAAUUUUAAUUUGUAAGGCACUCAGUAUAGAACUUCUCGACACUGGCAUGUGGAAAGUGGCUGAAAAGUUCAGAGCAAAACACAAUGAGCGCUUUAUAUCUGCUGUGUUAUCCAAAAACGGUGACUGUAUAAUUGCUUCUAUGGAAAAUACCUCAGCCAUUUUUGUUUGGAGGAGAGAUACAGGACAGUGUAUGGCAAGCUUACAGGAAAUCUCAGGAACCAUAGUCAGACUAAUUAAACCCAGUCACCAUAACAUGCUGCUAUCCUUAUCCACCAGUGGUGUCCUUUCUAUCUGGGAUAUAGAUAUCAUAACUGCUAUGUCCAAUAUUGACAAAUCUGGCAAACCCAUCCAAAGACUGGUGUUGCCAACCAGAGGUGAAUUAAUUUAUACACUGGAUGGAUCAGAAUCUGUACAUAAGUGGAACUUCAGCACUGGAUUCAUUGAAGCUGUGUUCAAACAUGAAGGUAUUGUUGAAAACUGUGUGCUGACCUCUUCUGGAGACAUAAUGAUUACAUCAGAUGACAAAUGUAGCCAAUAUGUAUGGCACACCAUUACCGGCGAAAAUAUCUUCCGCAUUAACGGACAAAGGAUAUCUCAGCUGAUGAUUACACACAACGAUCAGUUUGUCGUCUCGCUCUGUGAACAAAAUGCCUCCAGAGUUUGGCGACUGGCCACGGGACACAGAGUUUGCAAUAUUUUAGUUGCCUUACAGAAUGCGUUUAUAACCACUGCUAAUACAUUUGUAGUUGGAAUGACAAAGAAUAAAGUGUUGGCAGUAAGUCUCUGGACAGGAAGUAUAACCAAGAAAUUUUGCUGCGAUGAUGGUGCCACAAUUGUUAAUAUUAAAUUGAUCCCAGACUGCCCAGAUAUUGUAGUGUUUAUAACAUCCACUGAAACAGUGAACAUCUGGAGUCUGACAGAGGAAGUAAUCUGCAGGCGUGUACAAUUGCCUAGUAAUUUCUUAAAAGAUUUAGAAGACUUUGAAAUAUCCCCCAAUGGGAAGCUAGGAAUUCUAUCCCAUGGUGAUGAGAACAUCAAUGUGCUUGAUUUACACAGCGGCAAACUUCGUGUGGUUCAUGCCCCCGGCAUUAUCUGGCGACAGAGGCUGUCCCGUGAUGGCCGCUAUCUUGUGUACAUCUGUUUUCGUAAUGAAGAGGAUGACGACAAUGGUGCCAUCUCUAGCUUAAUUGUAAUGAGACUGGCUGAUGGUAAAAACAUUGGUGCUUGUUCCCUUUACAAAACUCCAACCUUUCUUUCUCUCUCACAGAGGCAUUUGAAUAUUAUUGUUGGCUUUGAUGAUGGAAGUAUAGGUACUUACACUGUAGUGGAUCGAGUAGAUGCAGCACUGAAAAUUAAAAUUGCUACUUCAAAUAGCCGUCAAAUUUUCAGUAAUGCAACACAAGUGAUUAGGCCCAAGUGUCACAAUUAUAGCUUCAAGGUGAAUGCAGACUGCAUUUGGAGAGAGUCUACUGAAGUGUUUGCAAGAGAUAGCCCCAUCACAGUGACAGACCCUGAGACAAGCGAAACAACAACACCCAAAAAACAUAACUACUGUUAUGACAAAGUGUGUGCAGCCAUAGAUUGCAGAGGACACAAUUUUGCUGCUGAUAACUGAUUAGAAACAUGUACUUAGUUUUCCUGAAUACAUAAUACAUAUGCAUAGGCUAGUCUUCUGAUUCAAAAGUAAGUACCAGUGCAUUUCUUGAAAGACGAAGAACAGCUGAGGGCAGGAAUGCUGUUUUUCUCAACAAAUAUUCUUACAUUUAUGUGAACAAAAAUAAGCAAAAAAAAAAAAUCAACCAAAUGUGAAAAACAUUUAUCCAAUGGGCUGCAGGGUUUUUAAAAUUUUGGAAUACAAGGUUUAGUCCAAGGUUAGAUCCAGGGCCUUCACUGACAAUUUCUAGCAAUACUAUUACAAUUGUUAUACCAUUACAGGAAUUAGAUAAUCUUAUUUGGGGGUUGCCAGAGUUUUAGCUAGAGACAAAACUCAAUUUAUUGUUGGAUAGGAGGCAAGACACUAUUUUAUAAUCCAGAUAGCCUCGUGGACAAAGCUAGGUCAACUGUUACCCUGAGUUUAUACCCACUUGCAAAAAUGUGUUUUUCUGCUUGAUGGUGCAAUGACAAGAUGUCACCUGCCAACCUGGAACACUUGAUGCAUUCCAUCAUUUAAAGAAAUAGCUACUUUUUUUAAAAAAAAAUUGGGAUUAACGUUUGAGUUGAAAGGGGUAGAAGCCAAUCAACAACAAACACAUCUACAUGUGAGGUAAUAAAUCAGUCUUCAUCUAAAUGGAAUGAAAUGAAAUGAAAGUACUGAAAGUUACAAACAUUGCAUGCAAGGAUUUUUCUAUAGUCUGAUAAAAAUGAUAAAAACUAGUUAUUACCUAGGUCAUAAAAGAAGAAGUUUAACACUGAAAUUGUAUUGUUUUUCUAUCUCUUUUACAGUGCAUAUUAGUACUGGAUAAAACAAAUACUUUUUCAAAGAGAAAGGGCAUUAACAGAUAAACAGUCAAACACCUGUUCACUUCUCUCUUUAAAAGGUUACUUAUUCCCUCUGUUGUAUAAAAGUUUGGAAUAUCUCUUAAGUCCCUACAGUGAUCUUAAUAGAAAGCUUUCAGACAUGCCAUGUAUUAUUCUUGAUAAUGUUUGCCUUAUUACUACCAUUCCUAUUCUUUCCUGUGUUCAACACAGAUCAGAUGACCAAAUACUCUGGGACUAACAGAAUAUGCGUGUAUAUGUGUUGAAAUAUUCCAUAAAAUCUAAAGGCUGUCCAAAGGUUCUUUACUGUUCCAAUUGGUAAUGGAUUUCUUACUUUUACAUACUAUAUGUAUGCUCCUUUAUGUUUCACUUCUUGCUUUACAACUGUUCUGAGCCUUUUAUACAGUUUUAUCAGUUUCAAGACAGAAAUUGUGAAAUAUUGUCAACUAUUUUUUAAAAAACAGCUUCACCUAACUAAAAGAAGUGGCUAUCUGUAUCUAAAGGGUGAAAAGGUCCUCCCAUCCCACCCUUUACUUAUCUUAAACAUGGCAUGUCCUUGGCAAACUUUUAAAAGAAUUUAAAUAAAUCACAUUUUUCUUUUUGGGAAGUUAGAACUCCAUGCCACUAAAUUUCCAAGAAACGAAUGCCAACCUAGGGUUUAACGUAGUGUGUGAAUGUUCUAUGUAAAAGCCAAUAUAGUAUAUCAAGUGACUUGAAUGACUUUUCCUAACUUGUUUGCAACUUAAUAGAUCAUAUUGAAUGUUUUUAUGUAAAACUUUGUAUUGUUGGGAAGAAUUACCCAAUCAGAGAGUUAUAUUUUCAUAAAUGUUAAAUUUAGUUAAAUUUUGUUACAGAGUUGUUAAAUUAGAAAUCUAUUGCAGUCUUCAAACAAUAUACAGUCUUGUGUAAUCAUUGUUUGUAUGAAUAAACUAA